AUGCCCAUUCUAUGCAAUAUUGAUGCACUAGGCCUUGACGAAAUGUCGAUGGUGGUUGGAUAUCUAGACUGGAAAGGUUUACUUCGAGUUCGGGUCUGCCAGAAAUGGAGAGACGCUGUCAAGUUGACUCAGGUUCCACGUUCCAUGUCCACAAAGUUUCAAUCGAUGAACUGCCCCGACUACUUCAUUGUUAAUCAAAAGUAUGCGCUUGCACUCAGCUGGAUUGUACAUGCCCUUCCAAGACUGCAAACCAUCCAUUGUAACUUUCAAUACCGUGGAACCCGAAAAUUUGAUGUGAAGACUGGUGAAGAUCCUUUCCCAAACCAAGCCUUCACUGGCUUUGAUUCUGACGAUUCCGAAGCAACCCCAAUACCACCUCGUCGUCCAGGCCUUGACAAGGUAGAUCUGUCUGUGGUCUCGAGAUUCCGGGAUCUGCGGGAGCUCUCCUUGGAAGGUUUGAGCCUUGACGGAACCUAUGGAUUCCUUUUCAACUUUCCGCAGCUGGAAAGUCUGAUCCUCUCGAAUACCGGACUCCUUCGAUGGGACUUUAGUAUGCUUAGUGGCCUACCCAAAUUGAAAAGACUUGAAUGUAUGAAUAAUACCAAGCUGACGGGAGACUUGGAGGGUCUUCAGGUAGUUGGACAAACUUUGGUCGAGGUGAACUUAUGUGGCUGUGGCAAUGUCGAAGGGUCGAUCAUGAGUCUAUCAAAGUUCCCGCACUUGGAAGAGCUUAGUCUUCUUAGAACAAAGAUCACUGGUGACAUUCGAGACAUUGGUGACAACGAUUUCGUAGCUCUCAAGAAAGUAGACUUUGGCGGCUAUGUGUAUGGUGGUGGGCACAUGGACAGGAUCGAAGAUGCUGCUGAUCUAAUGCUAGCGAGGUAUCGAAUGAAGAAACGAAGUCCGUCUCUAUUCGUGCAUAGACGCUGGUCUUUGAUUGAAACUUCGCCUCAACACUAUGGAUUCGAUGGUCAUCAUUCUAGGGAGCCUCCUUUCUACGUGGAAUUUGUAGAAGCUGGACCUCGUUUAGGAUGGCGAUGGACCAACUGUGUGAGCGGAGGUUCUUGUGAAAGUCAUUGGCUUGACCCUGAGCCAGAUCCAAUUGAUCCAGAAUAUGAAGUCUAUCUAAAGGAUCUGGAAUAUGUUCAGCGUGAUGCUGAUUUCUACAAAGGUUUCAAUAUCCCGCCCACGCAGAUGGAACACGAUGAAUUGAACCGCAUUAUACCCCUGGAUCCUAUACUCCGUCGUUUUGCUCCAAGUUCUCCAUUUGUUGGCUUUUGGUAA